AUUCAAACUUCCCACUCAACCAGCCUUUUCAGUUUCUUAAGGCAACUUCCGGUCCAUAAAACCCUUGAAUAGCAUCAAUUCGUCCUUCUAAAAAACGUCCAUCCUUGUCUCUGUUACUAGCUCUUCUGGAGCAUCAUCACAAUGUCUAGCAGGAGAUCAGCAUCAAGAGCUUCUUCUUCAACAAUGUCUGAAGAUGAGAUUAUCACUGACCUCGUCUUGAAACUACAAGCCCUCCUGCCUCACCUUAAUCCAAGGCAGCAGACCUCGAGGCAGGCACAGGCAUCGAAGGUGUUGAAGGAGACAUGCAGCUACAUCAGGAAGCUGGAGAAAGAGGUGGAUGAUCUGAGUGGAAGGCUGUCUCAGUUGCUGGGCACCAUUGAUCCCAACAACCAGGAUUUCGACUUGGACUCCAUCAGAAGUUUACUGCAAAUAUGAUCAGCUUAAUCUGGUUUUGAUUAAGUUAAUUAAAAUCGGAUUAUCUUAAUGAUUCGGUUUUGUCCUAUUCUCUCUACUUCACUUCUUCUCCCACCACCAAACCCUUUUUCAUUUGGGCUAUGUAGCUGUACAAUAUGAGUAGCCAUCUUGUCGUUAUCUGGUCAAGGGUUAAUGUAGUAGAGUGGAGCUAAUUAAGCUUGCAACAUUGUAUUAAUAUAAUUAAACAUGUAUUAAUAUGUA